AUGAGUAAAGACAUAGGAGAUAACUUAGACUGGGCAAGACAAUUAGGAUGUCCCCCGUCAGCAUUGACAGACGAUGUCAAAAAAAUUUUAAAUCAUGGAAUAAUGAAUUUUGUAUGGGAUGAAAUAUCGUCUGUUAUUGAACCGGUGGAAGAUGUAGUUGAAUCACGAAAGAAUUUAUUACUAAGCCGUCUCCAGACCCAAGCACCGGUGUCGGCUAUUCAACAUCUUAACAAAAUAAAAUUUAUACAGAGUGAAAGAGCGCUUAUUAAGUCACAAAUUGAUAAAACUGAAAAUGAGUGUAUGGCUACUUCGGAUUCUCUUGACGAGAAAGGUUUAAAAAUAGCCAAAUUAAAAAACGAACAAGAAAAGAUUAAAAUAAAGACUGGUGCUUUAAAGUUAAAACAUAAACAAAUAAAUAAAGAACUUAAGUCAUGCACUGACUUAAUAUCAAAAUGCAAUAAUUUGCUGCCAGGGUCCAAGCAUGAAAUAGAUGAACCUUCUGUAAAUCAUUGUCUCACCAUAGUUGGUCUAGUUUCCUCAAGGCAGGACAAGCAUGAGGCGUUUAAACAAAUUCAUGAAAUUUUAGGUCCAGUUGCAGUUCCUGAAUUAUGGGAUAUUUUAUUACGAAAACGUAUGCAAGAUACUGAAAAAUUCACUCGACUGCAAUUAGGACUUGAAAAUUCUGAAAAGUCCCGAUCGUUUGAUCAAAUUUGGAAAAUUGGUCUUGCUACUAUUGAAUCGCAAAUAAUUUCUGCUGUACUUGAAGCGAUUAUGCACUCUGAAAAAUCAAAUGAAAAUAUAGCUAAUGCAACUGUGCUUAUUAAUAAAAUAAUGGUAAAUGACUCAGAAGAUUUAUUAACUUGGAUAAUGUUGAAUAUGGAAGUUGCUCAGCAGCAUUCAAAAUGUAAAACUUUUCAGUUAUAUCUUGAAUAUUUUAAAAAUUUUAAUAAUGAGCAUAAUCAUUUAUCUGAACGAGAGUCUGAAUUAAUGAGUGAUAUUUAUAAUAUUUGUCUACAACUUGAUGACUAUGUAACAGCAAUUAAAAAUUCUUCGAGUUCAGUAAAAUCUGGUGGUCAAUUUUUAAUAAAAAUAAAGGACAAAAUAAGCGAUGAGUUAGCGAUGAUAGAUGCGUUAAAUAGCGAAGAUAGUUCCAGCUGUAUUGAAAUUAGUUUAGUUUCUGAAAUCACAGAAUUUCAUAAAAACACUGAUGUCAAUGCAUUAAAUAAAGUAAUGCUGCUAGAUAAAGUUGGAGCUUACAGAUACGCCUCAGCAUGUAUGAGCAAUAUUUUGUUAGUUACACCCUGCAUAACAUCAGCUAUUCCAGUUUUUACUUCGCCGCUGUACCAUUUAAUUAAUUGUCUGAGAAAUAUUAUGACCAACAAUUUAUUGAAACAAAAGUUGGAGCAAAUAAAUCUGGAAUAUGCCAACCAACACAUGAUAUCUAUCAAAGAUUCAGCUUUAGAUUCGUCGAAAGAAAAUGAUAUUUUCGAAUUACUUGAUAAAAUAAAAUAUAAAAACGGUCUAUGUCAGCGAGAAAUAAAAAAUCUAGAAAAACUAUACGAUGAUUGGGCCACGCAACCUGUUCAAGAAGCGAUGUCUGUUGUUGAUGAUACAGUCAAUAGAUUAACAUAUGAAGAAUGGGAUAAUACAAUACGUCAUGUGGUGAGACAAGAGACCACAUGGUUCGGCCGUGCUUGUUUAAAUGUCUACUUGAAUGUACAUUAUAGUAUGCCAAAACGGUUACACAGCUUUCGGGUAUCAAGUAAAAAAAGAUUGAGAAUAAAUAGUGAUAAAUUUUCAAACUAUAAAAUGGUGGUUCCAAAAAACGCUAAAGCUGUGCAUUCUCAAAAAAAUUCUAACCUUAAACAAAAUGAAAACACGGUAAGUGUUAAAUGUGUUGAAGGAAUUAUUGAGUCUAGUGAUCACAUCAAAGCUGAAUAUUUAGAUACUCCUGUCAAAUCGGAUAAUGAUAAAAAAGAGUACAGAGUAAUAAAACUUCAAAACGGUCUAACAGCACUUUUAAUUGCCGAUACACAUAAUAUAUCCAAUGAAAAAGACACCAAUGAAUCCGAAGCAGCAUCUAGUUCUAGUGAUGAAGAAAGUGAAGAGGAUGACGAUGAGGAAGAAAGUGAAGAAGAGUCUUCAGAGGAAGAAGAUGACGGGGAAAUUAGUGAAGAAGAUGACAAACGAUCUUCAGUAUUAAAGAGGGAAGAAAAAAUGGCAGCAUGUGCCUUGUGCGUAGGAGUCGGAAGUUUCAGUGAUCCACCUGAGAUUCCUGGAAUGGCUCAUUUUCUCGAGCACAUGGUUUUCAUGGGUUCCAAAAAGUACCCAACUGAGAACGAGUUUGACGCGUUUAUAACAAAGCGUGGCGGGUCGGACAAUGCAUCAACGGAACCAGAAUUGACAACGUUUACUUUUGAAAUCAACGAGAAACAUCUUUUUGCUGCUUUAGACCGGUUCGCUCAGUUCUUCAUAGCUCCUUUGAUGCUGAGGGAUGCAAUUUCUCGUGAAAGAGAAGCUGUGGAAAGCGAGUUCCAGAUGGGAUUGCCAUCAGACAUCAACAGGAAAGAACAAUUGUUCUGUAGCUUGGCCAAGCCGAACCAUCCAGCGACCAAAUUCACUUGGGGAAAUUUGAAAACUCUCCGCGACAAUGUAACUGAUGACAAUCUUUACAAAAAGCUGCACGAGUUUCGCGAGCGACAUUACAGCGCUCAUCGCAUGACACUCGCUAUUCAAGCGCGCUUGCCUCUAGACACUCUAGAAGACUACGUCAAAAAAUGUUUCUCAGUUGUCCCGACAAAUAGUUUGGCUUCUGAAGAUUUCAGUAUUUACAAAGAUGCUAAUUCUUUUGACACCUCCAAUUUCCGGCGGAUAUACAAAAUAAAGCCAAUUAAAGACGCUUGUCAGGUUGAGCUAACCUGGUCGAUGCCACCGCUUCAUCAUCUUUAUAAGACAAAGCCUCAUCAGUAUGUAUCUUGGAUUAUCGGGCACGAAGGCAAGGGCUCAGUGAUAAGCUAUUUAAGAAAAAAAAUGUGGUGCCUUGAUAUAUACAGCGGCAAUGGAGAAAGCGGCUUUGAACACAGUUCUAUGUACGCGCUUUUCAGCUUGGCUCUUGUCCUUACUGAUGAAGGUCAUGCUCACCUAAAAGAAGUUAUCGACGCAAUAUUUUCAUACAUUAAUAUGAUGCGUAAAUUAGGACCGCAAAAAAGAAUCUUUGAUGAAAUACGCAAGAUAGAUGAUACGAAUUUUAAAUUUACUGAUGAAGAGCCUUCCAUUGACAAUGUCGAAAGCUUGAGCGAAAAUAUGCAUUAUUACAAACCCCUUCACUAUAUUACUGGCAGUGAACUCUACUUUGAGUACGAUCCGGAGUCAAUUAAAGCGUGCAUGGAUGUUCUCACUCCUGAAAAUGUAAAUAUUAUUAUCCUUGACAAAAAAUUCGAUGAUUCUAAAUUUGAUAAAGAAGAGCCGUGGUUUAAAACCAAGUAUACGGACGAAGAAAUUCCAGCUGAUUGGAUAGAGUCUUGGAAAAACAUUGAACCCAUUCAAGAAUUUCAUUUACCCGAGCCUAAUGUUUUUAUAACCGAUGACUUUACUUUAAUUCCUGUUGCGCCAAUUGAAGCGCCAGUUAAAAUUCAUCAUGAUGCUUUGUGUGAGAUUUGGUACAAGCCUGAUGCUAAAUUUCGCCUACCUGAAUGCUAUAUGUAUUUUCAAUUAAUAUCGCCUGUAGUUGCGAAUUCACCAGAAGGAUCUGCUCUGUGUGGUUUAAUGGUAGGAGUUUUGAAACUAUUACUUGCUGAAGAAUUAUAUCCAGCAAUUGCAGCUGAAUUGAAUUAUGAUCUGAAUGCAAGUGAGAAAGGGCUAAUCAUUAAACUCAAUGGAUUUAAUCAGAAACUUUCAUUGCUUUUGGAAGCAAUUAUUAAAUACUUGUCAAAUAUAUCGGAGCUUGUUACAGAAAAUUUGUUUCAAGUCAUGAAAGAACAGCAAUUAAAAGACUAUUUUAAUUCUUUUUUGAAACCUUCUACUUUAGGAAAAGACGUCAGGCUAUCUAUAAUAAUGUUAAAUCACUGGACAAAUACCGAAAAACAUGCAGCUUGUAGCAAGAUAUCAUUUGAAGAGUUCAAACAUUUUGUUAAAUAUUUUAAAAAGCACAUUUACAUUCAAUCUUUAAUCCAAGGUAAUAUGACAAGUGAUGACGUGAAGAAAAAUGUGUUAAAAUGUUUUGAUAUUUUAAACUCUGGACCAUUAUUACCAAAUACUUUUCCACGAAUACGAGCAAUGUCACUGCCUUGUGGAGUCCAUUACUGCCGAAUUAAAAAUUUUAAUCCAACUGAUUCGAAUUCUAUAGUGACGAAUUAUUAUCAAUCAGGAUUAGCUUCUAUGAAAUUGUCCGUGAUAAUUGAUUUAUUGACGAUGAUCAUGGAAGAGCCUUUAUUCAAUCAAUUAAGGACACAAGAACAAUUAGGAUAUGAUGUAUCUUGUCUACUGCGUGAUACAUAUGGCGUGUUUGGGUACUCAAUAACUGUGUGUACGCAAGCGGAUAAAUUUAGUGCCGACCAAAUUGAUGAUCGAAUAGAGGCAUUUUUAAAGUCUUUCUAUGAAAAACUUGAGUCCAUGUCGGACAAAGACUUUCAAAAUCACAAAGAAGGCUUGGUUAAAUUGAAACAGUGUGCUGAUGUUCAUCUGAAGGAGGAGGUCACUCGUAAUUGGGCAGAAAUAAAAUCCGGCGAGUAUUUGUUUGAUAGAUUGACUCAGGAGACUGAUGAAAUUCAUCGAAUUCGUCUUGAAGAGUUGAGAGAUUGGUUUAAAGAGCAUAUUGUUGGUGGUAAUAACUUUCGUAAGUUGUCAACUCAAGUUGUUGGAACGAAAAAACAUGAUAAAAAUAUUAGCGACAAUGAAAUUAAUAAAGUGGAAGAUGUUAAAGACUCAGCAGUACAAUGCAAUUAUGCCUUGCAGUAUCUGGAUCCAGAAAAUGAGAAAAAUAAAUCAAACAAUGGAUUUCGAUUGGAUUUAUUCAAAAAAAUAGUAGGAAAGGAUAUUAAAAAUAAAUGA